GAUUGGUUGCUAUGGGAAACACCUCAGGCAGUGAAUGUAAAGGCCAAAAUGGAGAACAGAGGAAUCCUGACUGAAAGAUGGAGGAUGUGACAGGAAAGUGAGUGUGUUGUACUAUGAUGCAGCUUUGAUUGUCGGUCAUCACUGCUUAGUGAUGGGAGCCAUAAUGUCAGGAGUACAGAGCAUGACCUCCAGGACUGCUGAUUGGCUGUGACGGUCAUGUGACCUAGAGUGCUGACGAGAAGGUGAACAUGGGAUUGCAGGGGUUGCGCUAGGACUUUCGGGAUCUGAAUGGCAGUUUCUAAAGGAACAGGAAAAAGGAAAGAAAACGCUGUUGAUCGAAGAUAGUGACGUAAAAAUACACGAGAAAGCAACGAACAACAUCUCUCUGGUGAGUUGUGCUGAGUAUCCUACAUGUGGAACGGAAAAGCUCGGGCUGAGUCAGCGCGGUCACCCCUGGUUAUUAACAAAGUAAAUGACAAGAACUUCACUUCAAGUUCCAGCACAGAAGACGGUCGUCAUAGUGACAGCACAAUGGCCGCUGCUUUACACAUACGGUGUAUCUGGAAUGUGUUUGGCGCAGAUUCACCGGACGGUGGUGGUGUCACCAGCCACUUUCUGCCUGAUUCGAACCUGCAGGAGACAAAAUGACCGAUGGCGAAUGUUCCAUCCGGCCAAACGUAAGUAUGUGACACAACAAGUGAUUGUAUGCCAGAGAGCAAAGCCAAAGCAAGACCUCACCGAUCCCGCCAUACCAGAAGAGAGCGUCCUGCAAGAAGUGAAGUCCGUAUCAUCCGUACUGCCCAUCAGAGAGGCGUCCAAUAGUCCUCUCGCUGAGGAAGAGACCCCCAACCAAACCAUCCCCCAGGCCAAAGAGGAGAGGGGCUGGAGGGAAAUAAAAGUGGAUGCGUCCACAUUACCGGGAAUACUGGCCAGGCUGUCCAAAAUCAGACUGUCAGCUUUGGUGGUGAUCACAGCUUCUGCUGGAUAUGCCAUGGCCCCAGUGCCCUUUGACCUGAGCUGCUUCCUCUUGGCAUCUGUUGGCACCGGACUGGCCUCUUGUGCUGCCAAUACCAUCAACCAGUUUUUCGAGGUGCCAUUUGAUUCGAACAUGAACAGGACAAAGAGCCGCCCCCUUGUACGAGGACAGAUCAGCCCUCUCAUUGCCGUCUCCUUUGCUGCUGCCUGUGCUAUUCCUGGGAUCACCUUGCUGACAGUCGCUGUGAACCCACUGACCGGGGCUCUUGGUGCAUUCAAUAUCUUCCUUUACACCUGCUGUUAUACUCCAAUGAAGAGGCUCAGCAUCGCCAACACUUGGGUGGGUUCUGUGGUGGGCGCUAUCCCCCCAAUGAUGGGCUGGACUGCAGCUACUGGCAGCCUGGAUGUUGGAGCCCUCCUGAUGGGUGCUAUCCUCUACUCCUGGCAGUUCCCUCACUUCAACGCCUUAAGCUGGAACCUCCGUGAAGAUUACUCCAGAGGAGGAUAUCGAAUGAUGUCAGUCACACAUCCGGACAUGUGCCGCCGUGUGGCUCUGCGCCACUGCCUAGGGCUCAUUGGACUAUCCACUUUAGCCCCCGCUCUGAACGUCACCACAUGGAACUUUUCCAUCAUCUCCCUUCCCAUUAACUUGUAUAUUUCUUACUUGGGCUACAGGUUCUACCGGGACGCAGAUCGCAAUAGUGCUAGGAAGUUGUUCUUCUGCAGCCUCUGGCAUCUGCCCACCCUUCUACUUCUUAUGUUGACCUGCAAAAAGUCUGUAGUGGGGAAGAAAGAGAAACCUGAGGUCGUCCAAGAUCCGAGAUGAGAGUGAGAGAGCAAGAGACAUUCUGUGAUCAGUUAUUACUGUAAACCCAACUACAAAAAGAAAAAUAAUUUUCUGGUUGACACUGAGAACAUCAGUCCUACCUCCUUGUCUAUAGGAAGAGACAAGCUUUAUAAGUUAAUGAACCCAUCAUCCCCUGCAGAAAACUAAUUGGGAACAACACUUUCCAUCAUCUCCUCCAUUCCCCAUGGGCCGUCUAUUGGAAACGACAUAGUUUACAUGAAAUUUUCUCUUAGUUCAUGACAUUUUCUUGAAAUAAACUAAGUUAAUUGAUGGUGAUGGCUUCACUGCAAGAGGAAAACAAAGAACCGUCACAUGUUUAUAUCGACUGGAACUUUUAUGUUUUGUUCUGAACAUCUGAAUUGUAAAAAGAAAUGUGGCGGCCUCCUUCAAAUACUACAGGUCGAAUUAGAGUCGAAGAUCAGCAAUGACGGUAAAUCUUAUAUUCUACCAACCAAUGAUGCAACAAAUCUGUCCAUAAUCCCCCCCCCCCACUCCUAAAUUAAGAUCUACUACAGGAACCCUACAGAGCAUAAUCUACUACAGAGCAUAAUCAGCAGAUGAGUGUGUAUUAUUCAUGAAGUUAAACCCGCCUUGUAUUAUUCCUCCUCGAGAUGAAGAAUUAAUAUUAAUAAAUUAAAAUGUUUUUGGCACAGAAUGUCAGUGAUACCAUGUGAUAUAUUGUAGGUGAACAUGUCAUGUUACUACCAAACUCCAUGCAGAAGAUCUUGUAGCAACAUCCAUGAUUUUAUGUCUUUUUGCUGGUUGUAUGGUUUAUAAGGUUUCAAUUUUGUGGAGUCUAGACAAAUAUAUGCAUAUAAUUUCAGGUUGGACAGAGACAAGUCAUUUUCAGACACUUUGGCUACACAGCUUCUCACUUGAGGAAAUGAAGGGUCAAACUUGUAAAAAAAAAAAAAAAAAAAAAAAUUAAGCUAGUACAUUGUGGAGCUCCACUUUAAGAAAAGUGUGGCUGAAAUAAGUUUGCCUUAUAUCUAGAUCAGUGGUCUCCAAACUGUGGACAUUUCCCAGCAUGCCCGGACAGCCGUUGGUUAGAGGUUUGGAAACCACUGAUCUAGAUGAUAAAAUACAAAAGGAUGGACAAUGCCACAAGAUCUUUUAUGAUAGGGUUGUCCAACUUGUGGUUCUACAGUUGCUAAACUACAACUUCUAGUAGCCCAGACACCCUUCUUCCAGUUUCAAAUGGUUCCAUUAAAGACUCAUUC